CCCUUAAUGUGUUAACCAAUACCUUGGAACGGCAGAGGUCAAUGGCGAUGGAGCAAACUGAGAACGAUGGUGGAGGUCAAUAGAAGAGGUCGAUGGCAAUGGCGGAGUUCGAUGGUGAGGAACAGAGAAUGUGAGAUUGUUGGUUGCAUGUUGGAGCGGUCAAUGUCACAGAUCCAUUACGACGAUAUGGAGAACAUAUUGCACUUGCUGCUUGGUGGUGGACGUCGAGGACUUACAAAACAGAUUGAUGGCAAUGAAGCUGCUGGAUAAUCGAUGGUGGAGCUCGUGGAAAGUUGAGCAUGGAUUGAAUGAUGGACAAGAUAGGCAAGAUGAGCUAGGUUUUUCCUUCUCAGCUAUCACAAUUUUGGGGUAGUGGCGACGACUUAAGGAGGUAGGGCUGCAAUGUUGGAAGACAAAUUGAUUAGGGGCUUGACCCUUUGGAGUUGUCAAACUGGGCCUGGGAUUACUGUUGCAAGCCCACACUUCAUUGGGUCAUGGUCUGGACGGUUAACCACAGUUUAGACCAGACCGCAAGUAUAAGAGGCAGACCAUGGACCAAACCAAAUUGUAUUCAUGGUCUCAUGUUCCGGACCAAACCUUACAGUACGGUCUAAACCGUGGUUUGUCAUACGGUUUGGUCUAGAUUCCCAGCCCUACUAGGCGAGGAGUGCUCAGCCUUCAUCCUCAGCAGGUUGCCCAAGAAGCAACCCGAUCCAGGUAGUUUCACCAUACCUCUUUGCAUUGGUACUCAUCACAUAGAAAAUUCCUUGGCGGACUUAGGGGCGAGCAUGAAUGUGAUGUCAUUUAAGAUUUUUUAAGAGGCUAGACAAUGGUGAACUAAAGUCUACGAUUCUUAGUGUCACAUUGGUCGAUUGAUCUGUCAUUAGUCCUAGGGGUAAUGCGGAGGAUGUGCUAGUACGAGUGGGGAAAUUCUGUUAUCCGACGGAUUUUGUGAUCCUGGAUAUAAGUGAAGAUUCUGAGAUGCCACUCAUACUAGGACGCCCUUUCCUUGCCACCUCCAAGGCGUUAAUUGAUGUAAAUGCGGGAACUUUGUUUCUGAGGGAUGGUGAGGAGAGAAUUACUCUUGGAAUUGAACCUAAGCCUAGGAGUGAGCAUGUGAGGAAAGUGGAACCGGGUGAUAUGAAUGCAAGUGGAGUAGAACCUUUCAAGGUAAAUCACACUAUUACUUUUGUUCCUUGUGAUGAUGUGAAGCAGGAAAGCAAAGAGGGCAUCUCACCCAAAGAAGGAAGGAAAAGAGCUUGGAGGGAAAGGAUGAAUCACGCUAAUGCCCAGUGGAAGGAAAAGGGCAAAGCGAAAGUCAUCUGCCAAGAAGGCCAUCCCAUAGAGAGUAAGUUGGGAGGCGACAUGCAUCGUCCCGAGAUUGUGGCAGAUCCACUCUCGAUUGCAUCACGUUCAAAGGGGUGAUAGAUCUGCAACGUCAAGCUAGUGACAUUAACUUAGCGCUUGUUGGGAGGCAACCCAACGUAGGUUUGUUUUCUUUUCCUUAUUUUCGUUUUUGUGUCGAGUGAAGAGUUCAAGUGGUCGAGUGGUAUCCCCGUGCCAGGUUUUUGUGAUUGUGUGUUUUGAGUUGUGUCGUGAAUGAUAGUAGGCACAGUGGAGUAGGUCGAGUUAAUUUUUUUUGAAAAUGCCUUGUUUCUCACUGCACUUCACGGACGGAUUGAUAUGUUCACUGUCUUAAUCGAUCGUGAACUUCCAAACGCAUCCGUGAACGAGGGUGUUUCCACGUGUUGUCAAACCCACCAGUUUGCCCCAAUUCACGGAUGGAUUGCUAUGUUCACGAUCUUAGCGCCUGUGAACUGGCAAAUGCGUCUGUGAACCUCGGGGUCUGCCUAUAAAAGGGCCGUGAACUCUUUCUCUUCAUUUCACGACCCAAAACUCGUCGAAAAACCUCGAUUUUCCAACGAUUUUCGCCCUUUUUGUCAACUUCCAGCGAUCCAAAUAAAAAACCAAUCACAGACCCAUUCUCCGCUCAUCAAGGGCGGCCUUCGCCAAUAUUUUGUGGGGAUUUGGAGUCAUUUUUUCCAGUGAAGUCGCCUCCAGUGAGCUUCCGGUGAGCUUUCGGCAACCCUCCUCCGGCCUUUUUCGGACAUUUUUCGCCUCCCUCGCCCUCUCCUCACUUCCCCUACCAUCCUACUUGAGUCUCCAGGUUUUUUUUCAACUCUACCUUGGUUAAUUUGGGAGAAUCGGAUUAGGUAGUGAAGUGAGGAAAAUUUAGUGAAGUGAAUGUUGAACUUAGCAAUAGGGCGAGGGAUUAGGUGAAUUGUGGUGAAUGAAUGAUUGAAUGAUGU